AUGACCAACGAGGAACCUCUUCCUAAAAAGGUUCGACUGCGUGAAACAGACUUCAAAGUUAUGGCACGACAUGAAUUAAUUCUCAGGUGGAAACAAUAUGAAGCAUACGUGCAAGCUUUGGAGGGCAAGUACACAGAUCUUAACUCCAAUGAUGUAACUGGCUUAAGGGAAUCUGAAGAAGAACUGAAGCAGCAACAGGAACAGUCUGCACGCAGGGAAAACAUUCUUGUAAUGCGACUAGCAACCAAGGAGCAAAAGAUGCCAGAGUGUACUACUCAACUCCAGUACCUCAAGCAAGUCCAGCAGCCUAGCGUUGCCCAACUGAGGUCAACAAUGGUAGACCCAGCGAUCAACUUGUUUUCCCUAAAAAUAAAAAGUGAACUGGAACAGACUAAAGACAAACUGGAACAAGCCCCAAAUGAACUGAGUGCCUGGAAGUUUACGCCUGAUAGAGGCCUGAUGGCGUCGGACUAUUCCGAAGAAGUGGCCACCUCCGAAAAAUUCCCCUUCUAG